AUGUCGAAGGACGUGGUCUAUGUGCACCGUCCCCGACAAUAUACAGAGAUCUUGCUGACCCAACGUGCUUGUAAUCAGGCUGGCGAGGAAACAGUACAAAUCGAAGAUGGUGAGAACAAAUAUGCGAUACACCAAGACAAUAUGGCAACGCAACCAGGACACGGUUCCGAGGGCUUUACCUUGAAUCUAGCGGAUGCCCUCACGCCUGAUCCGGGCACUGAAGAUAUGUUCAAGACUGAGGACAAUACGUUUGCAUUUUCGCCAGGGCAUUUGUCAAGGAUGUUCAAUCCCAAGAACCACAAUGCCUUCUACGCGCUAGGUGGCCUCGUGGGCUUAGAAAAGGGGCUCAAGACUAAUAGGAAUGCUGGAUUAAGCGUCGACGAAACGACUUUCGACGAGUCAGUGGCCUACGAGGAUGUUGCGGCCAGUGAUGCUCCCAAGUACGGCACUGCUGGCGAUAAAUUGCCUGAACCAAAGACUCCGACGAGUAUUCCACCUGCCACCUACGACACCAAGGCUAGUGGCUUCUUAGAUCGCAGACGCAUUUUUUCCGAGAAUCGACUUCCCGACAAAAAAAAUAAAACACUCUUGCAGCUAGCGUGGCAGACCUACAACGACAAAGUCCUGAUUCUCCUGACUAUUGCGGCUGUAGUCUCCCUUGCUCUUGGCCUCUAUCAGACCUUUGGAGGUGCGCAUGAGGAAGGCGAGGUAGGUGUUGAGUGGAUUGAGGGCGUCGCAAUCCUGGUUGCCAUCGCUAUCGUGGUUAUAGUAGGAACUCUAAAUGACUGGAACAUGCAGCGGCAAUUCAAUCAGCUAAAUAAGAAGCACGACGAUCGAUUCAUCAAUGUUGUCCGAUCUGGAAAGCCCACCGAGAUCUCCAUCUUCAAUGUGCUUGUGGGUGACGUUGCUCUUCUUUCUGUCGGAGACAUCGUCCCAGUUGACGGAAUCUUCAUCAAAGGCCAUGGCGUGAAGUGCGACGAGUCUUCUGUGACAGGUGAAUCGGACUUGAUGAAGAAGACGCCUGCAAUUGAUGUCUAUGCUGCCAUCGAAGAUCUGGCCCAGAGGAGACUUGACAAUAUCAACGUGGAUAAGCUUGAUCCUUUCAUCAUCUCCGGUAGCAAAGUUCAGGAAGGAUCCGGUAACUUCCUUGUUACGGCAGUUGGUGUCAAUUCUGCGUAUGGCCGCAUCGCCAUGUCCCUUCGAACUUCACAGGAAGACACGCCCUUGCAGAAGAAGCUUAACGGUCUGGCUGAUCGUAUUGCCAUAUAUGGCGGAGGAGCGGCACUUCUAUUGUUCAUUGUUCUCUUUAUCAAGUUUCUCGCUCAGCUUCCAUCCAACAAAGACAGCCCAGACAAGAAAGGUGCGCAGUUCUUGGAACUCUUCGUUGUCAGCGUGACUGUCGUCGUGGUAGCUGUACCCGAAGGCCUUCCACUUGCUGUUACCUUGGCUCUUGCAUUUGCCACGACUAGAAUGAUGAAGGACCACAACCUGGUUCGAAUCUUGAAAGCUUGCGAAACCAUGGGCAACGCCACCACUAUUUGCUCUGACAAGACCGGAACUCUCACACAGAAUAAGAUGACGGUCGUAGCUACGACCCUGGGGGCAGACAUCAGCUUUGAUGGUGCAGAAUCUAUUCCAAGCAGCAUUGGGAACGUGGCAGACAACGCCGAUGAGUUAUUGUCAGAGUUGUCCACCUCUGAACUCAUUCCAAAAGUGUCUGCUGAGGAGUUCGUGCAGUCCUUGGAUUACGAGAUUAAACGGUUGAUCAUUCAGUCAAAUGUGGUUAAUUCCUCAGCUUUUGAAGGUAUCCAAGAUGGAAAGACAGCAUUCAUCGGCUCCAAGACCGAGGGUGCGUUGUUAAUGUUCGUCCGAGAUGAACUAGGUGCUGGGCCAGUGCAGGAAGAAAGGGAAAACGCCAUCAUUGUACAACAAGUGCCAUUCGACUCGGCGGAGAAGUUCAUGGCGUCGGUUAUCAAGCUGCCUACCGGAAAGUUCAGGGCAUACGUCAAGGGAGCCUCCGAGAUUGUACUCGAAAAGUGUACCAGGGUUGCCACGCACGUUGGUUCUCGGGAGUGGUCCACAGUUGAGCUUACAAGCGCGCAUCACAAGGCUUUGAAACAGACCAUUACGUCUUAUGCUGGCCAGACCCUCAGAACCAUCGGCUCUACUUAUCGUGAUUUCGACUCGUGGCCUCCAGAAGGCUCUGCAUCGGAUGACGAUCCAAGCCUUGCCAACUUUAGCAAAAUACAUCACAGCAUGACUUUGCUCGCCAUCUUCGGCAUUAAGGACCCUCUACGACCUACAGUCAUCGAUGCCCUCAACGAUUGUCGACGGGCGGGUGUUGUUGUCCGCAUGGUGACGGGAGAUAACAUUUUAACGGGGAGUGCUAUUGCGCGGGAGUGCGGCAUUUACCGUCCUGAAGAAGGGGGUGUUGUCAUGGAAGGGCCAGAAUUCCGGCGGAAAAGUAGCGAGGAGCUCAAGGACAUUGUACCAUACUUACAGGUUCUCGCUCGAUCUAGCCCGGAGGAUAAGCGAAUUUUGGUAGAGACUCUCAAGAGCCUUGGAGAAACGGUGGCAGCUACCGGUGAUGGCACGAACGAUGCUCCGGCUUUGAAGCUGGCUGAUGUUGGAUUUGCCAUGGGUAUUGCCGGUACGGAAGUAGCCAAGGAGGCAGCUGAUAUCAUCCUCAUGGACGACAACUUUGCAUCCAUUGUGAAGGCUCUACUGUGGGGCCGCGCCGUUAAUGACAGCGUCAAGAAGUUCUUACAGUUUCAACUUACUGUCAACAUUACAGCUGUCGUUUUGACCUUUGUCUCGGCUGUGUACUCGGAUCGGGAGCAAUCAGUUCUCAAUGCCGUUCAACUGCUCUGGAUCAACCUCAUCAUGGACACCUUCGCAGCUCUGGCUCUGGCCACAGAUCCUCCAACUCGCAGUGUUCUGGACCGGAAGCCUGACAGGAAGUCCGCCCCACUCAUAACUUCUCGGAUGUGGAAGAUGAUUAUUGGCCAGGCGAUAUGCCAGUUGGCAAUUUCAUUCGUUCUGUACUUUGGAGGUGACUUGCUCCUUGGAUAUAAUUUGAGGGAGGAGCAAGAACAGAAAAGGUUAAACACACUGGUCUUCAAUACAUUUGUGUGGCUUCAAAUCUUCAAUGAGUUCAACAAUCGACGACUAGAUAAUCGACUGAAUAUCUUCGAAGGUAUUACGCGCAACUGGUUCUUUAUGGUUAUAAAUGUUAUCAUGGUUGGGGGACAAGUACUGAUCAUUUUCGUUGGUGGCCAAGCCUUCAAGAUUGUUCCACUAAAUGGAAAGGAAUGGGGUUUAUCUAUUGGGCUUGGAGUCAUCUCUAUCCCCUGGGGUGCCGUCAUCCGCAAGUUUCCUGAUUCGUGGGCCGAGAAAAUUGGAUUGACUGCCACCUGGCCCUUUGCCAAACUCAUCUCUUUCCUCCGCUUAUUCAAGAGAAACAAGGACAAGAAGGUUGAUGAAAAGGACAUGGAACAGGGAAAGAAAGAUGAUGAGAAGUGGGAGGAAUUCCGUCCUCCGCCUUUGAGGACUAUUACAUCCCUCAGAGGUCCCAGAGUCAGCGAACACAUUGGUCUUAGGGAGCGAGUACAUAAUGCUAAAGGUAGGGCGAAGGGUGGAACGAAGGGGUAG